AUGCAGCAAAUUUGGCGCAUUUAUGUGCUCUUCUUGCUGAUCGUGUGCACGUUGCCGGGAGGCUUGGCGCAUGCGAGCGCAACAUCUGUGCUUGAGGAGUGCCAACUGCUGCCUCCUCUGCUGCGUGGCGUCGAUGCCUGUCGCCUUAUCGAGCAGCAAUGCUCCGAUUCGGCGUCUUUCUUCUACCUGAAACUGUACUACUGUGUGGGAGCAGAGGAGAACCCGGCCCACGUUAUUACACAGGGCUUUUUGCAUUUGAUUGCUGUUGCGGGGAUUGGUACGUGGCUCCUUUUUCUGUUCAGCGCCAUGGGCGUCGUCGCAAACGACUUUUUCUGUCCAAACCUCUCUGCGCUUGCGUCCAACUUUGGCUUGAGUGACAGCACUGUUGGCGUCACGUUCCUUGCAUUUGGAAACGGAUUCCCCGACGUGAUCUCGACGUUCCGCGCGAUGCAAAAAAACGCGGGUUCGAUGGCCAUUGGCGAAUUGAUGGGCGCUGCCGUGUUCACUGUAUCCAUCGUGUGUGGCAGCAUUAUGGUAUUCUACUCUUUCCAUAUUCACCCAUUUGUAUUGCUCAGGGACGUUGGCGUCUAUGCGCUGGCGGUUGGGAUGACCUUGUACUUUUUGCACGAUACACUGCUCGGAUUCCAAGAAGGGCUCAUCAUGGCCGGCAUUUAUGUCUUGUUCAUUGUGCUUGUCGUUUUUGGAAAUGCAUGGUCCCACGAGCCGCGCGCAGAUACCUGUGCAUCGGAGCACGCCCCGUUGCUCGGCAGGGGAAAUGGCGCCUCGCCCGGCGCGUCCGAUGCGGACAUUCAAACGGCGCCGCAUGUCAUCAAACAUUCCCUCGUCACCGCCAUGGAUUUGCACGAUUUUGCGUCGAGUAUGCACCGCGAUCGGUUCCGGCCAGACUCGCCACUGCUACCUUCCAUCUCGACCGACAUUGCCGAGCACAUGCUCGACCCCGCACACCAUUUCAAUACAUCCCCUGCACGCUCCACUCUAUUUUCACGCCAUGCCCUGCGCCGAUCCAAUUCGCACGACCCAAUUUUUGACGCACCGCCGCCUGUACCGCACCGCGCAUCGAGUCCCAAUUUCGAGUUCAAUAUCCCUUCUAUCCGCGUCCAGCGUCCAUCGUUGGACUUGACGCGCCCGCCGCUGCGUCUGCACCGUGUGCUGCUCGUGGCCUUCUUCCCGUCGCUAAUGCACUGGGAAGAUAAGUCGACGCUGAACCGCGUCAUUGGCUUGCUGUGCCUUCCCGCCGUCUCUAUUCUGCGACUCACAGUGCCAUUGAUCAACACAGAGGAGUUUAUCAUGCACGAAGCGCUCUCGCGUGUCCACCAUGCAAUGGUGUACAGUCCCAAUGCAUCGCCUACUCCCAGUGUCAUCGAGGCAUGGGACGCACUGCAAGGCUCCGAAGAUGUAUUCUUGGCAGAUCCGUCCAUGAUUUCACGCACACACGAGCGUGCAGUAGCGGACCGCUUGCUGAUUGGACUCCAAUACAUGGUUGUGCCGCCGUUUAUCCUGUGGGUGCUCGAGAUCCCGUCUGACGCUGCGACGCGCAAUGCCUGUAUAGUUCUAGGUGCCUUGUUUGGCACAAUUGCUGGAGUUGUGCAUGUGCGGAAAAUGGCCCGCGAGCCCGACGCGAACGGGCCGCAGCAGUUGCAGCGGUUUGCCUCCGUGCGCAGCGUUCUCGGUUUCUUUGUAGGGCUCUUGUGGAUCAUUGUGUCUGUUGACCAGAUCCUCGCCGUUUUGCGCACGUUUGCCUACGUGUACGGGUGGAGUGAGGCUAUUUUGGGCCUGACGCUCUUCGCAAUGGGCAACUCGUUGGGCGACGUCGUGACCAAUUUGUCAAUUGCGCGCUUGGGGCACCCUCUCAUGGCUUUUUCUGCGUGCUUUGCGUCUCCCUUGACCAACCUGCUGAUCGGCGUGAGUUUCUCCGUGUUUUGGACGCAGCUCGAGGACCCUUCACACGGCCCCUACUUUAUCCCGCACAGCAUUGCACUGACGCUGAGCAGCUACGUACUGCUGGGCAUGUUGCUCCUGCUCUUAAUUGUCCUUCCACUGCACCAGUUCCAAGCCAGCAAAAGACUGGGUAUUUUGUUUUUAUUCACCUACGGCGGUACGUCGCACCCAACUAACUAA